UUGCCACACUCCGAGAACCCCUUCCUUCUCUCUCCCUCUCGCUAUCUCCCUCUUCCUCGUCAUUGCUCGCUCUCUACCCCUGUCUCUCUAUCCCUCUUUCACGGGCUGUCUCUGCGCUCGCAUGCACGUCAGUUUACAUUCCGCUGCCGAAAACGCACGUUCCUUCCUCGACCGUAACCGCUUUUGUGACAGUUCCGUGCGGCUGGUUCCUUGCGCGCCACGCGAAAUGUCCCGUGUGUACCGUUACAGGUCGGCUUUGUGAUUCGAAGUGAUACCGCGGAAUGACACGCUCUGUGAUCGAGUGCAUCGACUGAGGGAAGGAUCGAUCACCGUAGGAGAAACCGCGCGAAUGGAUCGAGGAACGACUUACAGUGAAAUUCGUACGUUCUGGUAAAUGUGACGAGGGAAGGAAUGUCGAUCGCGAGAAUCGUGAUCAUCAUCGAUGUUGCUCGUUGACAACGCGCGGAGAUUCGUAACGGACUUAUCGCUCGUCAAAUUGUGUAGAAGUACUUGGACGAAUAGUAACCGUAGUGCUAUGAGAAGAUUAGUCGAAGACCAAGUAUGAUCAUAUCGAAAGAACAAUUUUAACGAAGCUUCAUAAUCGUCAGACUUCGUGACAAGAAUAACUAGAUCUCGUGACCGACAGAAAGACGAACCGAUCAGUGGGAAGGAGUAGGGGAGGAUCAGUCCAGGGGAGCGUAAUAUGUUCCCUUCGUCAGCGGCGAUGCUGAAGAAUCUGCAACAAAGUACAAUGACCUCGCCCUUUUUGAUGGAGAACUUGCUCCAGAGCAAGACGUCGCCCGGUGCCGAUCUUACCAGUCUGACCUUGAAUUGGGCGGCCAGCCUGGUGGCGAGACAACGCGAGCGCGAGUGCGAAGCCAACCUGAGGAUCUCCAGGGAGAAGAUCUCGCCCUCGAGCACGAGUCAAGACCAGCUGGACCAGCGGUUGUCGGCCGGGUCGCGUGACUCUUCCGAUCGUCCAGUGAACACCGUGAUCGACUGCAGGGACCAGAGAGGACCGGUCGGCCGGAUCGACCGUCAGAACGAUCGGAUCAUGCACAUCGUGCGCGAGAAGGACGGGAUGGAGAGGAGUCAGACCAUGUACGUGGACGUCGACAGCGAAAGGAUCGACGGGCACAUGAUCAUGGAUCGUCUCUGCGCGAUGGAGAGGCUCUGUAACGAGAGGAUCGAGAACCAAUCGAGCUCGGCGGUGGACUCGUGCAACUCGAACGUCGACGAAGACCCGAACGGGAUCGAGAUGGACGCCGGGCUUCAAGGCGAGAGGGAAAAGGAAGACGGGAUCCUCGGGGGCGAACGCGUCACGGCGUUACAUCCGGACAGGCGGUACGACCUUGGAUGCAGAAACGUCAUGCACACGUCCGAUGAGAUGACGAUUCAAGGGGAGAGAGAGGCGGUGGUCGAGCGUGUCGUCGACAGAACGGGAGAGAGAACGACUGCCUGUUCCUGCGGGGACGAGCAGUGCUUAGGACCCGCAUGCAGGACUAUCCAGGAGAAGGAGAAGCCACAGCUCAAGUUCAGCGUCAACGCUAUACUUGGUGGCAAUCAUGACAGGCGACCGCAUUCGGAAAGUUUUCAAGGUCUACCGCCGGAAGCGAUACCAGCGUUCUUGCAAAAUCUGCAAAAUUCUGCCAAUUACAACAUAGCGAAACCGAUCGCCAGACCAGCCGCGUAUCAUCCUUAUCACAGACCGAGUCAUCAGCCGCCGCAGCGUCAUUUGCCACCGAACGCACAUCACACGAUACAACAAUUAUUCUACAGAGGACCGUAUUUGACAGUCGCCAGCUCCGGGACUGGAGGACAUCAUCCUGGUACUCCAGGUGGUGGGACGGCAUUUCCAGGUGCGAUCCAAGGCAGUUUAGGCGAUUUUACGAGCACGGGUCUCGUGUUUCCAUGGGCGACGAACACCCGCGGAAAACCUCGACGAGGAAUGAUGAGAAGAGCAGUCUUCUCGGACCUCCAGAGACGUGGCCUCGAGAAGAGGUUUCAGACGCAGAAGUACAUCAGCAAACCGGACCGCAAGAAAUUGGCUGAGAAACUUGGUCUCAAGGAUUCCCAGGUGAAGAUCUGGUUCCAAAAUCGUCGAAUGAAAUGGAGGAACAGUAAGGAGAGAGAGCUGCUGGCCACCGGUGGAUCUCGGGAGCAAACGUUGCCGAAUAAGAACAAUCCGAAUCCUGACUUGAGCGACGCGGAUGGAGACAGGCCGAGAAUAGACCUGAGCGAUGUGAGUCCAUUAACGAGCCCUCAACGGCCGGAGGAGCAGACGGAAAACGAAGAGGACGAGGAGAUCAACGUCACGUGAUGAAAUUUUAACGGAGACGCCGAUGGGAAUACAUCCGUUUGAUCGAACAUGACCGUCACUCACGAUUCAGGAUUCACAAAGGAACGACGAAAGAAUGAAAGUAUCGCUCAGUGGUGAACAACGAAGUUUUAUUAUUCUUCGGACCCUAAAUAUAUUAUACAUAUUUGAGAUUCGUAAAUAAUUAGCGAAAUCAUUGAACAAUCACGGAGCUCGUACAGCUUGGAACGAUGAUUCCUGGCUAGCUCCGACCUGUGUUAUUUUCUUUUAGGGGGAAAAUAAUAAAAAACAGUAAUAAAUCUGUUUUUUUUUUCAAUACUCAAUUUGGCAUUGAUGCUGCUAGAUUUUGACAUCAUUUUGACGUUUUAAAAUAAAAACAAUUUUAAUGGAGAAAUUGCAUACGACCUUAUUUGUAGCUGACAACUACAGCUACAUAAAUGGCAAAAAAUAAUUCGAACUUCGACCAAGCUGUAAUUAAAGUUUUAAAUGAAAUCAAAAUGUUUGGGUAAUAUCCUAUUUUUCAAAGGUAACUACACUUAAGGGGUAAUUAAAAACGUUUGAUACAUCGAUACGUAGAAUGAGUAUACAACUGAGAAUCGAAAAGGGUGGCUUCGAAAAUUCUUCUGAAUCUCGAUAGCAUUGAAUCGUAGCGUCGAGAUGCGAGGAGACGAUUUUCCUGUGUGUAUCCUGAGGUCCGUUCUCUGACCUGAUCCAGUUUUCGGUUGAUCUCCGAUCAUUCAACCGUGACACUUUGUAUUUAACGAUUGCGACGACGUUUCCUUUUUUUAAGGGUGGAACUCAUCUUUGUGUAGACCGUAGAUGUAAUUUCACUCUUCACAUCGGAAGAUGUAAGAUAAAUAUAUAAAAAUGCAAAGCACGAUGAGAAUCACGAAAGAAUUAUGACAACUGAUUUGAACCAAAUCACUUAAACUUAUAAAGAAGAUUUAAAAUGGUAAAGCGUAACUUUAAGAAUUCCAUAAAUUAUUUAAUUAUACUACAAUUACGUUGAAUUAUGAAAGUUCUUCAAUCUGAUUUAAUUAAAAACUGAGUCAUUCGUUUCGCAUUAUUUAUUAGGAGUUAUUCUGGCUGUGGUUGCACCUCGAUUUUAUUCGUGCCUCGUAUUUAUUAAGCUAAAGUAAUCUUUAGGCAGCUGCACAGAGGGUAAUGUGCACGAACGAGGAAAUUGCGAUAGAAGAAAAAAAAGUCGAUGAACUUUCGCGAUUAUCUUUGUACAUACGUUUUAUUCGUGAAGAAAUAAUAUCAUUGCGUAAAUUGAAUUCAAAUAUAUGUACGUAUGCUUGUUGCACAAUGAAAAAUGAUUGUGAUCUAUCUUAUUCGUUUCUGUGCAUUAUAUCGAAGUCAUGAAAAAUAUAUAUAUGCGAAACCUCAUCACGAAUUUCAACAAAUUUGUUUCCUAAUUUUUUAUCAAUCACCAGAAGCUUUGGCGCAAUUUCCAGCUAAACCGAUGUAUCAUAUUGUAAUUAGAAAUGGAUGUAAGUUUGCGAAAUUUUCUGUAAGGUAUCGUGUAAGGUUGUAUUAGACGUAACGUUACGAUUCCUAAAGAUAUGUACCUAAGGUUUAAGGAUCAUGCCUUCGGGUAUUGAAAAACCAAAUGUAAUUAUUUAUUGUGAUACAUUAUGAUCUGUGUAAUAUAUUGCAAUAAAACUCUGUCGAUGACAA